AAUGCACAGUGCAUCACAGGCGGUGGAGGUUCCCGGCGAACCAAAGAACAUGACGACUUCUCUGAUUGAAACUGCCUCCGUCACCUUCCAGAAGUUCUACCCCAUUAACCAGAUUAAGCAUCAUCUCUGCGCAUUUCAUUUUUACGCGGAUGACAUGACGAGACAAGUAGAGGCACACCACUAUUGCUCGCAUCAUAACGAAGAAGUAAGCCAAUGUCUUAUCUACGACAGCCCCGAACCCGACGCUAAGUUGAUUGGAAUAGAGUACAUAGUGUCGGAGAAUCUCUUCAUGACACUACCCGACGAAGAGAAGCCGGUUUGGCAUAGUCACGAGUACGAGGUGAAAGGCGGUUACCUCUUCAUGCCGGGAGUCGCUGGACCGGUGGAGCGAAAGGAACUGGAUCAUGUUUGUAAGACAUAUGGAAAAACAAUCCAUUUUUGGCAAGUUGAUAAAGGACAUGCUCUUCCUCUUGGCCUACCUCAGAUUAUGAUGUCUCUUACUGGAGAAGCUCAACUUUAUCAAGGCCUUGCAAAAGAUGUGGAGAAGCGUUAUGGUGUUUCGUUUGCGAAGGAGAAAGAGAAUAGGGAAUAUAUGACGGGGCUCAUGCAUGGCAAGCAUCCGUUGGCGGAUGCUGCCGGAAAAGGGCUGAAGACAGUGCUUAGGGAGACUGAUUGCUGGCCGGAAAAUAUUUAA